AUGUCUGGCUUCAUGCAGAACCAAUAUACGCCUCUGGGCAACUUCUCACAUCUCUUUAUGGACGUGAUAUCAUCAUUGACCAACUGCUUCUUCUGUUUUCCUAACUCGCCGCAAUUGAAGAUCAACAACCGAAGUUUCAAGCUACAACAUCUGCUCGGCGAGGGCGGCUUCUCCUACGUCUACCUCGUUUCCGAAAGCUCCACCUCCGAGCUCUACGCCCUCAAAAAGAUCCGCUGCCCCUUCGGCCAAGAAUCCGUCUCCCUCGCCCUGAAAGAAGUAGAAGCAUAUGCGCUCUUCUCGCCGCACCCGCACAUAAUCCACGCAAUCGAUCAUUCUGUCGUGUCCUCCUCAAACUCCAGCGGCGCGGACAAAACAGUCUAUAUCCUGCUCCCAUACUACCGCCGGGGCAACCUCCAGGAUGCCAUCAACGCCAAUCUCGUCAACCAUACACACUUCCCGGAGCGGAGACUGAUGGUGUUGUUCUUGGGGGUGGCGAGGGCGCUGAGGGCGAUGCAUCAGUAUCGGGUCAAAGGCGCGCCGGGGGGUGAGGCAAGUCAGAGGAAGGCGAAGGAGCUGAGGAAGGAAGCGGAGGAGGAGGAUGCAGAUGCGAAGAGGAAGGCGCAGAAACGGAGGAAGAAUACUCAAGGGAUGGAGACUGAUGGCGAAGAUGCGAGUAAGCCGUUGAUGGAGGGGGAGGUCACAAGGGCGCAGGAGGGAGUUGGGGAGGGCGAGCUGAGGCCUUAUGCGCAUAGGGAUGUGAAGCCUGGCAACAUCAUGAUCUCUGACUCUGGCACGACCCCCAUUCUCAUGGACUUAGGCUCGUUAGCACCCAGUCCCACAGCCAUAACCUCCCGCAGUCUGGCCCUCCAAGUCCAGGACACGGCCGCCGAACACUCGACCAUGCCCUACCGCGCGCCCGAGCUUUUCGACGUAAAGACGGGCACCAUCAUAGACACCAAAGUCGAUGUCUGGUCAUUCGGGUGCACGCUCUUCGCUUGUCUUGUGGGCAAGAGCCCGUUUGAGAUGCGCAGUGAUGAGACUGGCGGGAAUUUCCGGAUGAGAGGAGGGGGAAAGGAUAAAGGGAAGGGAAAGGGGCAGGCUAAUGGGCAAGCAAAUGGAUCGGGAGAGGGCAAGAAGGAGGACGGAAAGAUUGGUGAGCGUGUGAAGGAGGUGGUGAGAUGUUGUUUGAAAGUUGAGCCGGCAGAGAGGCCGGAUAUUGAUGAGUUGAUACGCAUGCUUGAGGAUGUGAUUGCCGACUCACCGGAAGAUGAUGGUGGCGAGCUGUAA